AUGGGUGAUAAGAUUACUCACUUGCAAGACAAACUCUGCCAAAUUUCUCGAGUGAUGGUUGAUGCUCUCGGAGUGUUACAAAGAGAUGCUCCUCCAGCUAUAACGGAUUAUCAAAUUAUGAAUAACAUUCCAAUGGUUUCCGAUACAAGUAAAGCAGUAUGGACACCGGAGCAAUUGAAAAAAGAGGCUUCCACAGCAGGAGAGAAUUUAGUUGCAGCUUGUUUGGAAUUUGAAAAAAUGUUGGAUGAAUUACCAACGCUUAUUCGUUCACAGGAUGAUCAAAUGAAUCGACUGAAAGAUUACCAGACACAAAAUGAAAUUCAAACACAAAUUUUGAAACAGAGGAUUGAACUUGCUGAAAAUUAUUUACAGAGUGUUUCACACUCCAUUGAAGAUGUUACGAAUAAUCGAUUAAAAGUGAGGCAUCCAAGUAGAUCAAGUAAUUUGAACAAAUCGUCACAACUAGAUGUCAUGGAUCAACAAUAA